AAAUAUGUGGUGUUAUAAGAAAAAAACCCCACAUUUCAGAGAGGAUUUGGAAAGAGGAGCAGAGGGGAAAGGAGGAUGGCAGAGAUGUCUGACCCCAGGGAGCCAGAUGGCUCUGAGGAGGAGAAUUUUGGGGGCAAGAGACUGACUGGGAAAGACCCUGGACAACUCUGCAGUUGGAGGAGCUUGCCAGGGUGUCUGACCCGGGCCCCUCUGCUUCUGUUCCUGGUUUUCAUCUCACUGGGUUUCCUUAUGCUCCUGGUGACCACCAUGGUUCAAGUCUCCAGGAUUGACCAGUCCCUGCAGAAAGAGACAAGGGACGAUCAGGAGAGCCACAACCCGGUUGCUGUCGCACAGGAGCAGAUGCAAUCAAAGCUGGAAGGAAUCCGGCAGCAGCUGACCUGGAUGAAUGCCACCCUGGCUAGCCUGUGCCAUCCUUGCCCCUGGAAUUGGGAAGUCUUCCAGGGGAAUUGUUACUUAUUCUCCUGGACCCAGAGUGACUGGAAAUCUGCCGUCUCUGCCUGUCGGAACAUUAAGGCCCAACUAGUGAUCGUCAGCAGUGCUGAAGAGCAGAAAUUCCUGAAGUUUUGGUAUGUCAGAAAUAAUAAGCCCACUUGGAUCGGCCUCAGUGACCACCACAAUGAGGGUUCCUGGCGGUGGCUGGACAACAGCUCCCUCCAACUCAGCUUCUGGAAAGAUGGGGAACCCAACAACCACGGAGAUGAGGACUGUGUGGAAUUACACAAUGAUGGCUGGAAUGAUGGCAGAUGUGUUACAGAACACUCCUGGAUCUGUGAGAAGCCCUCAACUCCCUGCCCUGAACUCUGAGGGUCACUGCCUCUUCCAAUCCCCGGCCCCUCCCCCACCAUGGUCCCCAGAGAUCAGGCAACUGGGGCUCUGCUGGUUUCUCUCUGGCUCUACGCCCUUCUGUUUUUCCCUUUGGUGAAUUCCCAUCCUUCUCCUGUACGGAGGUCUCUGAGAUCCUGAGAGAUUCUGAGACCCCGAGAGAUUCUGAGACCCCUUUAUCCUCUAAGACCCAUCCUGCAUAGGUAAAGACCAUCUCAUUCCUUCUAUUGAUACCCUCGGCCCCUCCCAUGACAUCCCCUUAAUAAAAUCACACAUUGCAUUA